UUUCUCUCGUAUCUGUCGUUUUCUCUCCUGCCGGUAUUCAAUUAUUUCGCGGCAGCAGCUCCAGUCUCGCUAGCAGUGCCACCGUUGGCACCAACACCAUCACCAGCGGCAUUUCCAAGGAGUGCGCCAAUUACCCCGUCGGCAGUCAGUCGGCCCGUCCAUACGUCCAACUGCCGGGCAUACACAUUUCCAACCCUCCCCAGUACGGGCCAGGGAAUAUGCAGGAAAUAGACGCUGGCAAAAUGGCGCACAACGGCAAGGCACUCACAGGGCGCUACAAUGCCACGCCCACCUAUGGCUUCGACAACGAGCAGAACUACUGCCUGUUGCCGUCUCCAAUGCCCCCUCCACCAUUCGCCUUGGCACGCGUGAGCAGCACACGCAACUUCGAGCUCGAGAACCACACACCGCCGGCAUGUCCCGGCUCUGGACCCAUUGCCAUGACGGCAAUGAAGGGCAAUAACUUUGUUCGCUAUGCCAAGAUGUGGUACAAGGGUGUGAGCUUCACCAGCGAGGCGUGCGCUCUCAUCUACCUGGUGGACACAGCCGUGACGCGCACCACAACCGACACUUUCACCGAUCUGACCAAGGACUACACCCUGGCAGUGUUCUAUGACGACUCGCGGCAUGGUCCCUCUUAUAUGGCUGAAGCCCAUGACGUGAUUGCCAAUUCAGCUUACACCUGUACCGAGGAUGGCACUGAGAUCUAUGACAUAAACGGAUUUCGCAUCACCCAGGCAGCCGAUGGCCUGGUGAAGGUCACUCGUGUGGACAACAAGUGCUUGAUUCGCACCAGUCCCGGCAAUGGAUCGGCCACUUUGACCACACCUGGCAUCCAUUGCACUGCCUCUCUGGGCAAGACCUCGCAUCUGUUUGUUCGUCGCAAUGAGAAGCGCAUGCACUUCGAUGGAUCCUGUUUCAUUGUACGCAACGCCGGACACUCCGCCGGCUUCAAUGAGAACAACCUGCUCAUUGUCUACUGAGCGGCGUUCGUAGUCCGGAGAUAGA